UAGCAAAUUAAUAUUUAGCGAAUAUUCACCUGCUUACUGGUUAUGUACAGGUCUCGUCGGGCUCGUCAGGCGUCUGUGAAAGUGUUUCGCUCGAGCCGUCAAGGAAAGAUGCCGAGACGAUGCUAAAUGUUAACAUUGUUGUCAUGACGGAGGAAUAAAACUACACAGCUUUUCUACAAAUAUUAAAAAAUAUAUAGUUUUUCAUUUAGUAACCACAGAAAAAGUUAAAAGAGCAAAGUACUGCUCGCCUGCUACCACCAACGUUAUGUUAUGAGACCAAAUUCUCCUGCCAGCGGAAAGUAAUGCCAGGACACAUUAUUUUUUAUGGACAUUUAAAGCAUUGAAAAGUCAACAAAACGUGUUGAGUAGUAAAUAUGAGCUGUUUCUGCGCCACGCAAGAGGAGUUUUACUGCGAGGUGCUGCUUUUGGACGAGACAAAGCUCAUCUUAACCACCCAUCAACAGGGCAUUAAGAAAUCCACCAAGGGCUCUGUGGUACUGGAUUACGUGUUCAGUCAUGUGAACCUGCUGGAGAGCGACUACUUCGGCUUGCGCUACUGUGACCACAGUCAUCAAACUUACUGGUUGGAUUCAACAAAAACCCUUGCUGAACAUAAAGAUCUAAUUACAACUGGUUCACCAUACACCCUUUAUUUCGGCGUUAAAUUUUAUGCUGUGGAUCCUUGUAAACUAAAAGAAGAAAUUACAAGGUACCAGUUCUUUCUCCAGGUGAAGCAGGAUGUGCUGCAGGGACGACUUCCAUGUCCCUUGAAUGUCAGUACACAGAUGGCAGCUCUGGCUAUUCAAUCUGAGCUUGGUGAUUACGACCCCUACAAGCAUGUGCCAGGCUAUGUGUCAGAGUAUCGAUUUGUUCCAGACCAGAAAGAAGACCUGGAGGAGGCUAUUGAGCAGAUUCACAAAACUCUUAUGGGUCAGACUCCCUCUGAAGCUGAAAUGAAUUAUUUAAAUAUCGCCAAAACACUGGAGAUGUAUGGAGUAGAUCUUCACCCUGUGUUUGGAGAGAAACAGUCUGAAUAUUUUCUGGGACUAACACCAAUUGGAGUUGUAGUGUACAAAAAUAAAACUCAAGUUGGAAAGUAUUUCUGGCCAAGAAUUACAAAGGUGUUUUUUAAAGAAACACAGUUUGAGCUGCGUGUUCUAGGAAAAGAUUGCAAUGAAACGUCCUUCUUUUUUGAAGCUCCAAGCAAGACGGCGUGUAAGAAUCUGUGGAAGUGCUGUGUGGAACACCACACCUUCUUCAGGAUGCCAGAGAAUGACUCCAACACACUGACAAGCAAGCUUUCCAAAUUCAGCUCUCUGGGUUCCAGACAUCGUUACAGUGGGAGAACGGCCAUGCAGAUGGGAAAAGAUCAGUGUGUCGGUUUACCCAGAGAGAAUCUGGAGGUGGUGCGCACCCGCAGUAAGACUUAUCCAAAAAGAAGCACUCAACCAACAGGUUUAAACAAUGGAAGCAGAUCAGUCACAAAGGCAGGAAGUUCCCUGGGUGAAGGCCAGACUAAAGCCAGCACGCACACACCAGCCAAGAGCCCAAAAGUUAACAAGACCGAGAGCAUUUCAGAGGACCAGCCAAGCAAGAACACAGCACCAUGGGACGAAAAUGCACCACAGAGCGGACUGUACAACUCAGCCAGCGAGAGAAACAAAUCGCCCAAAUUCCCAAACACACGCAGGCGCUCGCCCUCAGGAGGAAGCGAGAAUGACCCUUUGAACUCCAAGCACAGGAAAGGCCGGGACAUUGAGGAUCCAUCCAGCAAGCAGCACAGGAGGUCACGUUCCCGUGGCAACACCAGCAGUGGCAGUGAAUCCGAGAACUCCAAUAGAGAGCAUCGUAAAAAGAGAAACCGGUCUCGACAGGAGAAUGAGAUGGUAGAUUCUGGCCCACAGUGGGAGGCUGUGCAACGCAGGCAAAAGGAGAAAAACCCUAACGACCCCAACCAUCGCCGGUCUCGGCAUCGCUCUCGAUCAAGAAGUCCAGAUGUGCAAGCUAAGGAGCAAUUAUGGAAGCAUAUUCAGAAGGAUCUGGUGGAUCCCUCUGGCCUUACAGAAGACCAGCUGAAGGAGAUUCCAUACAAGAAAGUAGAAACUCAGGGUGACCCCAUCCGUAUCCGGCACUCUCAUUCUCCACGUAGUUACCGACAGUAUCGGCGGUCACACUGCUCUGAUGGAGAGAGAUCUGUCCUCUCAGAGGUCAAUGCUCGGACUGACUUGGUGCCUCCACUUCCUGUUACACGCACUGCAGACUUAACUGGAUCUAGUACUGCCACCCCACAGAAGAAGACUGGAUCCAAAGACAAUCUGUCCGAGAGCCCUGGACAGGAGACAAAAAGCACCAUCAAGGCUGCAAAAACUUCCCACUGUGCUCGGACAAUAACUGAAACAUGACUAUUUUCACCACGAGGUUAGGAGAGAAAUGGACAGAAAGUGUUGUAUGUUAUUGAAAUAUACUAAGAGCCGAAAGCAUUCCAGAUGUGUUCAAAGUUGGUGCACUAAAUAAAGAUAGAUGUGCUCAUGUGAA